ACUCGAGUACUAUGGGUUAGUGGCAUCAUUUGAAUGAUUCAAACAUUUUCUUAUUUUUGAUGAACUUUUCAAAAUAGGUAAAUUUCCGAUUUUGCGGAGCACAUAGCCCCUUCAUUUUACAAGAUAGGCAACUCAUCAUAAUAACUUUUUUGUUCGUCUCCUCGAGUACUAUCUACAGUUGUAUUUAAACCAGACGACUCCAGAUUCAUCCUGUAUGUAAACUAUGUAAAGAUAGCUUCAAUCUGAUUUUGCCAUGUUGUAGAACUAUUCAAGGAGUAUACAAAAAAUUGCAUUUAUUACACGAAAAAUUGUAUAUUGUGUACAUACGGCGUUUCGUUUGUUUUCGUUUUGGGAAGGAAAGGAAGACAAUGGCGGUCCAGCAUACCCCCUACCCUACGGAAUGCGCCUCUCCACUUCUCCCAUCGACCAGUGAUGUUGUGAUGUCUAAUGAUGUUAUGUUGAAUUGUUGAAUGUGAAUGUUUAUUUAUCUGCAUGCUGCAUCGUGUUCAUUUUGAUAACAGGCGAUGCUAUCAGUAUAGGUAAAUAAGUUCACCAUUCGAGUCAACGAUGCUUCUCGCACGUUUCAAUUAUGAUUAUGACGAUCCGUACUGGUCCGACGAUGGUUAUCAUUAUAAAUGGCAAUAUAAAGCUUAUCCUGAUGAAGUGGAAGAGAGACCGACCUCGGUGCCUACGUUGCAAGAAAUAGCCACAGUGAAGGUGGCAUUUGCUUUAUGGAAUCGCGCCAGAAUGAUGGCAGAUAACUACAAAUGGCAAGAUUCGUUGAUCGACGAAGUAUCUGAAUGGAUAGAGGCAUUACCUGUACCCAAGUUGUUCGUCAAUUCUAUCGCGUUAUAUGUCAAACGAGUAAAUAAGAACUUUAUCAACUGGGCUCGCCACCUCCUAGCAGUAUUAUUGGACGAAACAUCGGAAAAGAGUGAAAUUCUUGAUGAAAGAUCGGAAAUAUCAAAAUCGUAUGUGCACGUCGACCAUAUUAUGUGGCAUCCCAAUGGGAGAAUCAAUCUCGUAGAAACAGCUCGAAAUUUAUUGAAAUCUGACAAAUUGAACAAUAUGCAGAAAUUUCAUUUAUCAAGUGCGUAUUGCCUGCAAGAAGAAAUAAAAAAUUUAUGGCCCAUGUUGGAAAUGAACGACAUUCUUGAUUACCGUUUACUGUUCCAUUCGAGUCCUCUCAGCUGUUAUUGGUAUUGUUUCUGCGAUAGUAAAUUGGAACUGAUAGACUAUGUAGAAUUUGUGCUCAUUAUCGAGUUAAUAAGAGAUAAAACACCUGCUGUUAAUUGGGCUGCGAUCGAGUACUUUUUUGAUCGUUUGAAUACCGAGCAACAAGUUACAGCAGCUGUUCGUUUGAUCGAUGAAUUUGGUUUACGUUUUCAGAAAUUAGUAUUGAUGAAGUUGAACGAAUCUCAACGUGUUUCCGUGUUCGAGAAAAACAUUAUCGAUAUCAUAUGCAAUUUCGCGGAGUCCGAACGUGAUAACGAAGAAGAUGCCAUUGCAACCUGGUACGAAUUUCGAGAUUUGAUUACUCAAGAUCAAUUCGUUAGCUUAUUCACCCAGCUCUUAUCCUUCGAUUCUAAAGACUCGGUUUUAACGGAAAUUUGGAACUCUGCUCCAGAUGGUUCAAAACAUUAUAUAUUACGACAAGUAGAUUACGGAAAUUACGACUUCAUCGAACACCUAUUGAAUUCGUUGACCUGGUACAAGUGCACGGAAUCAGGUCUCACUUUCGUAUCAUCGGUGUUAUACUCGUAUCACGCUUGUGUCGACAUCAAACAACAAGAAAUUACGAAAAACCCGUAUUUCAUUAAAUGCUGUAUAAAAUUAAUAGGUUUCAGUAACUUGAAGUCGCUUGACAGACUGUUGAACUUAUGUCUUCUCGAUGCUGCAGCAUCGACCGAUUUCAAGCAAUCUCUGCCCAGAAGCCCUUAUUUCAAUACAUACUGUGAAGUGAUGAUAAUCCUUCAUAAAUUUCAAAAGCUCGUUAAAUUAUUGGAUUUCGGCUUCUCAAUUACUGAUCCUUCAUCGACGCAAUUCCUGCGUGAAAUGUUGUUCGAGAAUAUGCAGCUUCUCGAUGAUUGGUGUUUGGAGUGCUAUUCUGCCGGAAAUUUGAAACAGUUGAAUGCUACCCUGGCUCCACUCCGGUCAUCGUAUCCAGAAAUCGUUACCGAGUAUAAAAAGAAUUUACUAUUGUCGGGUAAAGGUUUGCGAAUGUGCGUGAAUCAUUUUGUCUCGAACGACUGUAUCCUGCCUAGAAUUAUUGCCGAUGGUGUGCCUGCCGAUUUAGCAGCGGAAUUCAAAAGGAAAAUCAUUUCUUUACCUGAGGCCAUCGAUAAAUUGAAGAGUAUGAUGGUCAACAAACGAUCAAAUACGGCGAUGAAAUUAAUUGAUUGGUAUAUCGAAUCGAAAAGAGCUCGAAAUAAGAUUAAGAAGCUAUUGGAGAUGGCAUACUUAAGGGAAAUGAAACGUCGUAUUUAUCGUUAAACAUUAUGAAUGUGGUUUUUCGAAGUUCCUAUCGCAAUUAUUUUUUAUUUUUGAGAAAUCGGCGUGCAUCGAAUUCAGUUGUUUGUAUAAUUUAUUAUUCGUAUAUUUUUUGUUUUUAAAUUGUUUAAUUUUACCCAAUUUUUUUGAAGUUUUAGCUAUCGUCUGUUAAUUUUGUUUAGUUU